AUGUUGGAUGAUACUCCAACUCAGACCUCUGGAUAUCCAACCACUGGCGGUGGUGGCUCAUUGAGUAGACUCCGUAGAUUCAGCUCAAAGCACAACAAUGGAUUGUUUACCAAGUUCCUGACAACACAACUUGAUCCAACCACUUUCAAACCUUCAAUCACAUUCAAAUGGAUACCAAAGGACAAGAAGGAGACAAAGGAUGAGGCCGACGAUUCAAAGAUACAACAGUUCUGCUUCCCCGAGUCAAGCAGUGUGAUGGAUACUCUAAUCAAAUCUGGCGUCGAGACUAUUGCCAGCUUCUCUUUCAUACUUACCAACUCAUUUGGUGGCAAGACAUUCGCAUAUUGUAGACGACUGAUACGUAGUGAGCCUGUAUGCUUUGUAUUCCUCAGUCUAAGGCCUCACUUCACAUUGUUUGAUGAACUGUUCGACUUGAUACAGGAGAAAUACUUGAGGAACUUGAAGUUCUGCAUCAGCGAGAUAUUGACAUCGUUGUUGACCUUCCCGCUGAGUACGAGCGGACUGGUGAGCAAGGUGAGGGUGUCGGCCAACAAGGCCCAGACAGAGAACUACGACAUCUGCUACACGCCUCCAAACACAGAGUUUGAUCACAUCUCCUACGAAACUGUGUUCAACAUGCAGACACAGCACGUCAUCAAGCUGUUUGAGUCUAUGCUCUGUGAGCAAAGGGUGAUCCUCUGCUCCAGCAGUAUCUCCAGGAUAUCCAAUACCAUCCUGGCCAUUCAUUCAUUGAUCAAUCCAUUCGUUUGGCAACACAUAUUCAUCUCAAUUUUACCAGAGCCUUUGAUGCCGUAUGUCGCAGCACCAAUACCAUUCUUGGUGGGCAUAUUGGAUAGUUCGCUCAAGUCAUUCUAUCAACAACCAACCGAACAAGUACUGAUGUACAACUUGGACAAGUGCGAGUUCAUGAUCGAUCCUGGCUUCAAGUCGCUACUCCCGCCACACAUAGCCAACUACCUCGAGAACAAACUCAAGAGGCUGAAACAAGAUCAGCCAACAUGUAAGGACCACCCCCUCGUCUGGAAUGGAUUCACUCCAGCCUCGGCCCUCGCCCCACCCACGCCCAUCACUAACACUCAAUGGAUACAGAUAACAAAUCAAUCGACCAUUCACUUCGUAAACCAUUCUACUCUGUGA